CGUGAGUGAUUCUAGCCCCCUAUUCAUUCUAUCGCAUCGUGAUCUUUAGUUAGACCGGUUCAUGAUAUGAUAUGAUGAGUAUAGUAUUAAGCUUGGCAUAUUGGACAGGAUCCGAUAAGUGAUAAGUGAGGAUGUUAAACCUACCGGAGCUCUCCGUGUUCUUAGCCGUAGAGGAAUAUUCUCGCGACAGGCUACCUCGUCGAGGGGUGUUUUCUUGAGCUUUCACAAUCCUUUACCAUAUUUCUCCGGUCGCUCUUUCGACGCUGUUGAGAGAUUUCAAGUUGCAUCUUUCACUAUGCGGUUGGUUUCCGCAUGUGGUUUUGGGCUACUGCUGUCCGUUGCGGACCAGGCCAGAGCUCAUGUCAUUCCCCGGAAUGUCUCCAGUGCAUAUAAUCCAUCUGGCACUAUACCCCAAAAUCUAAGGAUUCAACGAGAUUCUAUUGAUGACCCGACUGCUUUCACAUGGGUACAACGCUUUGCGGCUAUCGGAGACAGUUAUACAGCCGGCGUGGGCUCAGGCUCCAGGCUUGGAAGUAUCUUCGACAUAGGUUCGUGGUGGUGUUCGCGGUAUGACCAGUCGUAUCCAGUCUUGAUGAAGGAGUUUGUCGGGUCUGAAAUAGAGGAUUUUCAGUUCCCAGCUUGCUUCGGGGACCAGACGUGGCAGAUAUACAAUCAAGCCACAGCGCUGAAAAACAACAUCGACCUUCUUACAAUAACGGCUGGCGGAAAUGACUUAUGUCUUUCUGACAUUAUCAAGAGCUGCGUCAUCCUAGCAUUUGAUGGUGAUGCCACUUGCAAUGCCAUCCUGGAUAAGGCGCAGGAAAACCUCGACAGCAUUGUCAAGGACAACGUAAAGCAGAUCCUUAAGGCACUUGAUAGCAAGAUGGCUAAAGACGGAGUGGUCGUGUAUAAUGGCUACGCACGUUUCUUUAACGAAGAUAAUGAGGAUUGCGCCACCAAGCAAGACUGGGCUCCGUUCUAUUGGUACCGCUAUCUACAAGGUAGCGCAAGCCCCUUACCCCUGACGGUCGAUCGCCGUAAGAGUUUCAACAAGUUGACAACGGCGUUGAACGACGCAUUGCGCGACGUGGUUCACGACGUCGCGGACGAGGUCAGUUACAAAAUUGGCUAUGCAUCUUGGGACCUCUGGGGCAUCGAUGGCGUCAAAGGCCAAAUGUGCGAUCCCUCGUCCACUGGCGCGUAUCCGGACCCUAAGCAGCCAGACUUGCUAUUCUUCAAACCAGACACGAGCAAAUCCAUCUGGCGAUUUCCACUAAAGAGGAAGCGUUCGGCCAAUGGAACGGAAGUUGUUUACGUGGAUUUAGACAAUACGGUUGACGGCGAGGUAGUUGGAGAGUGGGAUACAUCUGUUCCACCCACCGACGAACAACGUGAAGCCCUACGUUCAUCUCUGCCUCCUCUACCGAAGAGAGAUCUCGAUAGCAAUGGCGUAGACAGAGCUGUUUACCGCUCCAUCCUGUGGAAUUCAGUGAACCCCCCGGCGGCAGCACUUAAAGCCCUUGACAAACGAGCCCCGGCCACACCCGGCUGCCCCGGAGAUCCGUACCCGUAUCUCCCUAAUGUUGGCUGGUUCCUACCAGAUUACUUCGGGCGCAUCUUCCACCCAAACGAAGCCGGACACAACGCUAUCGCAUCGUUUGCCAUUCAAAGAGCUAUCGAUCUGCGAGCUGAGGUGCUAGGUAUCAACCCAGAAGUCUGCACCGUCACAGACGAGUUCAAGUGUUGGCAAAAAGAAGGUCGCAAGGGCUACGCCACUGCAGAUCGGCUAAACGAGAACUACAAGACGUACUGCGACGGUGUUAAGGCACCGGGCGGCGGCGUAACGGGGUGGCAGGAUAGCCGAAAGUUCCACGAGGGAACGCCGGACGAGCAUGAGUUUGUAAUCGAGACGUCGGAGCUUGCUAGCGAGUAUAACCACGACGAAUGUAUCGAGAGUAUGGAACGGAUCAUCAACGGGUGUGAUGGUAAUGAUCCCAACAAUCCGAUGAACUGGAAGUUUGGGGGUACAUGGAAGCGCGGCGAAUAUAGGUACACUGUCAACGUGAAGCGGGAUAACCGUCCCUGGCCCCCGAUUACGAAGGCGUAUGGUAAAUGUGAUGGCGGAUAUCACGUAGUAUACAGUGAUUACACCAUGUACGGUGCUGGAUGGAGCAGUUGGGACAGCGGCCAGGACACAAUUAUCCCCAAGAUGAAGGGGUGUUUAGGACUGGGUAUCACGUCUUGGAAGUUCGAAUAUUUCGACAAGCCGGAUAGCGACGGUAUGGAGUGGAAAGCCACUUUCCACACGCCUAUCUUUGUGAACAAUCGCUGUUUUAAAAACAACAAGGUUGCCAUAGGCGCUGGUGGCUUUACUGACGGAUGCGGGGGCUCUGGUUGGGCGUAGUUGAUGCCCGAGUUUACAUUAUCAUUAAACUAUUUACAUGAAGAUUUAUCAUUCGACUUCAAUGCUUUUCU